CCGGAGAAGGGGAAUGAAGGGGAACCAGCUGCCGGGGUCACCCGAGUCCGCCUCCUGAUGACCCUUAGAAACGCGUCCGCCUGGAGUUUGCACGCAGACCCCGGGGAGGAAAAAGCAGGGAAAGGUCUCCGUGGUGCCAGCCUGGGCUGUGUGACACGGCUUUUGGGGGGCAUCCCGCAGCCCAGUCUGUUGGCACGGGCGCCCAGAAGGCAGCAGCUCUCCGGGGAUGUAAUUCAUAAUAAUUAUAUUUUGCUUCAUAGAUGGAUGGAUAGAUAGAUAGAUAAAAGUCCAUGCUGGGUGUUUUUUCCCUCCCUCACCUCCUUUCUUUAAGAUUGAAAAGGAAUGCUUGUCCAAGGAAAUUUGUUUAAUUGGGUAGUGGCUGAAACAGUGUCCAAGCUAAAACAGUGGCUGGAGAACAGUAGAUUGCUUCAGUUGGGCAACUGAUCUUUCGCGCUUGAUGGCGAGGUUGGAAUUGUCACUGUUUACUGAAGCAUGGGCUUAUGAAUGGUAAACCACGGCUAGUUCAAGGGGGCUUCCCGAUGGCAUGCGUGGAGCUUCUGUACCUCGCCAAAGAGGGUGGUCAGUCCGAUCAGUGUCAGAAUAUGGACUGGAGUGUGCCUACUCCCCCUGGUCAAGGACAGCCCGGUGAAAGUGUAGGAAGGACUGCAACCAUAUCCAUGGCUGCUGAGUGCUGCGAGAGGCACUGCAAAGCCAUCCAAAGGGCAGAUCUUGCUGAAGCCUCUCUUUCCUUCACCCCUGGUUCCUCACCAUGCCCAGAAUGUACAACCACAGGUGAGAUCACCUGCCAUCCCAGCUUUCCCAAAGAAGCAAAGGAGGCAACCCAACAGAGAGCUUGCUGCUGCGAAUCGGAGACGUCCUUCACUUUUGUGGAUGAAAAUGUCAACAAUCUGGACUACGCAGGGCAUCUUGCCCACAAGAGCUGCUGCCAAGGCCAGGAUCUCAUUCCCCAUCCCGAUCCUGCUGGAGAGAUGCCCCUCGAAUGGCCCUACGAUCCACCCUCGCUGAUAUCCGAGGAAAACGAUGAUGCUGCCUCGGAAGCUGAUGGAGGAAAGUCAGUAGACUAUGGCUUCGUCAGCGCCAUCUUCUUCCUGGUCAGCGGGAUAUUGCUAGUGAUCGUUUCCUACGUGGUCCCCAGGGACGUGACCGUGGAUCCCAGCACAGUGGCGGCAAGGGAAAUGGAGCGGCUGGAGAAUGAGAGCGCCAAGAUUGGGGCUCACCUGGAUCGUUGUGUGAUUGCUGGGCUCUGCCUUUUAACGUUGGGGGGCGUAGUACUGUCCAGUUUGCUCAUGAUCUCUAUGUGGAAAGGCGAGCUCUACAGGAGAAGCAGGUUUGCAGCCUCCAAGGAAUCGGCCAAGCUCUACGGCUCCUUUAAUUUCCGAGUGAAAUCUUCCACAAACGAUAACAUGGAGUUAUCGUUAGUUGAGGAGGAUGCUCUUGCUGUAGAUAGUUAGGACGUCCUUGGCACUCUGAGGCAGCAAAGGAGGAAGAACGUAAUUGUCAUUACAUGAAACCAAAUGAAGCUUAAAAUAGCAAGCACCAUCCAUUGAAGAGUAUCUUUUCCUAGCCCAUUGAAAUGGUAUGUUUGCGUUCUGUAGAUGUCGUAGUCUUGGACGAAAAGACAAAAGAGAUAAUAUUCAAAAUAAUGCAUACAUGGGAUUCAGAGUGAUUGAAAAUGGCCCUUUUGGUGUUUAUGGAAAUUCUUCAAUGGCUGAUGUCCAUUGAAACUGCGUUGCUUAGAGCCACAUUCACACCCUACAUUUAAAGCUCUGUGAUUCCACUUUAAACAGAGUUCCCUGGGAAGAGGGAUAAUUGAUUGUGAAACCACGCUGGGGAUUGUAGCUAUAGGAGGGGAACAGGAGUCUUCUAUCAACGCUCAACACCCUUACCAAACUACAGCUCCCAGAAUUCUUUGGGGGAAGCCAUGACUGCUUAAAGUAGCUUACAUUUAUUGUUUUAAAUGUAGGGUGUGGAUGUGGUCUUGGUGUACAUGCAAUAACAGUAGAAUUCGGAUUGCCAUUGGCUGGCAGACCCACCCCCCAGUGAAGGUCUAGGAGCUGCCCUUUCCAUUUUCCACAGCACCAUUUGUAAGUGUCAAUCCAGGGCUUUGUGGGGAAUUAAAAUGACAUGUCCUUAAUCUGCACUGGGGCCUGCCAUCUUAAUACCCCACAGUACCCCAAAGCGACAUUGCAUCAGGGUCCCUGUAGAAAAUAAAAACGAUGGUGUGGUGCUAUAAGCAAUGAAUGUUUAAGGGGGGCAUGGGUAAGGUGUCAGCAGUGGGCUUUGCUGGGCUGCCAGGAUUCCAGGAGCUGCCCACUCCCGCUAUUGAAACUUACAUUGGCCUGAGUUCUUGGUGUGCUUUUUUCUUGGUAUAUUUAAUAACAAGAACUCCAACUUAUUUAACGUUAUUCAAGGCUGGCUGGUGGCAUUGCCCACGCAUUGCAGGAUCAAGUGGUGGCUUAUGUGUGAGACUGUGUCAUCGCAUACAGAGCCUCCAUGUGGCCUCUUCAGUGCAAUAGUUUUCAGAGGAGUGAGGCCACACAAUCAGCUGAGAUGUGCACAUCAACCAAGAUUAGAGAUGUCAAGUCUUGUGUGUGUGUGAACCAGGACUUGAUGAGCCAGCAGCUGAAUGCGUGGACUCACUCCACUGGAUAACAUUGUGUCUAUGCCAAGAAGAAGGCUGUGUCUGUGUGAUGUCAACAUUCACAUGUGCACACCAUCUCUUCCAUGCUAUGGUCAUCAAACGGUGCAUAUGUGAAUUGUCUGUAAAUAGCCAAGAGGUGUCUGCGUACUGAAUUCACUGAAAAGCAUUACAGUUAAGGUAAUGGGAGAUAUCACAAAGGUUCUGUAUUCGCAAAGGCCCUUUGGCUCAAUUUCUGGCAUCUCGAGGUAGUGGUGGGCAAAUCUUCCUGCCUGGAACUCUGGAGGGCCACUGCCAGUCAGUGUAGGCAAUACUGAGCUAAAUGGGCCAAUGGGCUGACUCGGCGUAAGUCAACUUCCAAUGUUCCUAUGCAUCCGAAGAAGAGUGAUACAGAAUCAGAUCAAAAGCCUAUCUAGCCCAGCUUCCUGUUUUCACAGCUGCCCAGCAGAUGCCCACAGAAUGUGAGCACAACAGCAUUUUCUUUACUUGAGAUUCCCAGCAACUGGUUUUCGGAGGCAUGCUGUACCCAACAGUAGAGACAGAACAUAUCCAUCACAACUGCUAGCCACUUAUUGCCUUAUUUAUUGUUUUAUUAUUUAUUGCAUUAGUUGGUUGCUAUUUAAAACAAAGGUUCAAAGCAACUUACCUGGAAUGUGUCCAAACCCCUUUUAAAGCAGUCUGAGUUGCUUUAAGUACCGUAUUUUUCAUCCUAUAGGGUGCACCGGCCCAUAGGAUGCACCUCGUUUUUUGGGGGGAAAU